AUGAUGAUUGACGCUCUUCAUCCACCCGAACAGAGACUAUGUCUUCGCCAGAACCAAAUAUCGCGAAUCGCGCUCCCUCCGAACGUCGCGGCUUCGUUACUCGAACUCGAUCUCUACGAUAACUUGAUCUCGCACGUCAAGGGCCUCGAGGACGCUCAGAACCUGACGAGUCUGGAUCUCAGCUUCAAUAAGAUAAAGCAUAUCAAGAACAUUGCGCAUCUGGUGAAGCUGACGGAUUUGUACUUUGUGCAAAAUAAGAUCUCCACGAUUGAGGGCGUGGAGGGGUUGACGCUGUUGCGGAAUUUGGAGCUGGGGGCGAAUCGGAUUCGGGAAAUUGAAAACCUCGACACCUUAACCUCGCUAGAGGAACUCUGGCUAGGAAAGAACAAGAUCACAGAACUCAAGAACCUCGACGCCCUCCAAAACCUCCGCAUCCUCUCCAUCCAAUCUAACCGCCUCACGCACAUCAGCGGCCUCUCCAACCUCCCACACCUCGAAGAAAUCUACCUCUCGCACAACGCCAUCACGGACCUGCGCGGCCUCGAGAAGAACCCGUCCCUCCGCGUGGUCGACUUCUCGAACAACCAGGUCUCCAAACUCGAGCAUCUGUCGGAGCUCGUGAACUUGGAGGAGCUGUGGGGGUCGAAUAACCAGCUCGCGAGCUUUGAGGAGGUGGAGCGCGAGCUGAAGGAUAAGAAGGAGUUGAAGACGGUGUAUUUCGAGGGGAAUCCGUUGCAGAUGAGGGCGCCGGCGUUGUAUCGGAAUAAGGUCCGGUUGGCGAUUCCGCAUAUCAUGCAGAUUGAUGCUACGUAUGUGAGGGUUUGA